UUCUAGCAGCAAGAAUUUUAUUGCUGAAAAAAGUUGAGCCGUUGAACAUACCAGCAUAUUCAACAGUUUUAUUUGUUUUGGGGUUUAAAUUUCAGAUAUUUUUUCUGGUUUCUGAUGCAAAUUCUGAUUGGAUAAUUAGAGUGAUUUUCUUGUUAAUCAAUUGAUAUUAAUUUUACAUUUGUUUUGUAGGAAGAAAAAAAAUCAGUUUUUGAGAAAAUUCAGGCAUUUCAAGACACUGUUCUUGAAGUACAAGAAACUCUUGAUUUUUGUGCUUCAUGUGCUGAACGUAUAAAAAACACAUUCAAUUUUUCUGUACCUUGGUUAUCUUGGCUUGCUAUUAUUGUUCUACUCGUUGUAACACUUAUUUUAUAUUUAAUUCCAUUACGAUAUCUUUUACUUGCAUUUGUUAUAAAUAAGUUUACCAAACGUUUUCGAAAACCUCCAAAUUACGUUGAUAAUAAUGAACUAAUCGAUUUUAUAUCACGGUUGCCUAGUGAUAUGGAACUGGUAAGAUACAUUUUAUAUUUAUCACUAGAGCCCUGUAUCGGAAUUUUUUCUUGAUUGAGUAUUCUUACAAUAGAUAACUGAGUUCGAAUACUAGAUUUUUUUCGGGUUGCACGAUUGAUAAUUAAAUUCUCUGGAAAUUGGAAAUCCAAUUCCGUUGACCUUCAGGCCAAACAUAAACCAAAUUUGAAAAGGUACUCUUUUGAUAGAGAGUUUGAUUUUCUAUCAAUCGUGCAACUUGAAAAAAAUUUAGCAUUCGAACUCACGAGGGAACUGCCCCAAGUGUCCACUCGCUUUUUUGUUGAAAUCGCUUUUUUUUCAGAAACCCCAAAAAAUAACCCGCACUUUUCUUAAUGAGGCAUGAUUGUAGCCCGCACAUUUCUGAUUUAAAUGAGACCUCGCCCAACUCUACUUGACCUUUCUUUGCAAAGUUAUAGAAUUUGCAACAAAAC